AUGAAAACCCUGAGCGGGGGCUGGCGCCACGCUUCAGAGGAAGAUUGGGUGCUUAGCCUCGCCCUUGUGGCAUUCCGGGGAAAGCUUCCUUCGGGGAUGCCGUUCUUCUCUCACGAGGAAGACUCGAAGGUGCUGGAGCAAUGUCUCCGCCUCCGCGAGGUGCAAGCGCUGGGGACGCUAAGCUUUCCCGCCACACGAGUGGCUCCUUGGCUUGCGCAGAAGGACAAGGCUCCGGCGCUCCCCACCUCAGACACGGCAGACCGUGAGAGUAGGCACUGUCGGGAGGCGCGAGAGUUCUUCGUGGCAGCCCAGGGGCAAAGCCGGUGGCUGCAGCCAACCCAAGAGACCCUGGAGGCGGGAGUCGCCUUGCCUGAUUCUGGAGAGAAAAAGCGAGGCUGCAAUUCGAAGGUUUUAGAUUUAAAAGGAAGGCAGGAAUACUUGGACUGCUGCUAUUUAUUACCAAAGGAAAAUGAGCACUCAGAAACUCCAGAGGAAGAAAAACAAGUGUGUGAUCAGAGUGAAGCUGAUUGGAAGGAGAGGGAGAAGCUCACUUCUAUCAUCUUGGAACAAGCGAACAGCAGAAGUGUGGAUUUGACAAACUUUAAGAGACCUAUAGAUUUGGCCCAAGCUAUUAGCCAUGAUGUGAGCCUUCAUGCCACGGUGAUGGGAUCAGACCUCCCUAAUGUAAUAGAUGCAGAGACCACUUUAGAGGGACUGGAGAUUCUACCCGACUUAAAUACAUCUCCAACGAACGAGACCAACAUGUUAGAAUUAUUUGCAAAUGAUCAUUGCUGCAGAAGUCUUACAAACCAAGAUUGCUUUCUCAGCCUGAAUGGAAAUGGAUAUGAGACAAUUCAUUUCACGUCAUUAACAAUGGAAGAAAAUUUUGAUUUUGCAGAAACUUGUGUUUUUGAAGAACGUGAUUCAGAUUCUGGAUUUUCUUUAGACUUAAAUUAUAAUAAUGCAUCCCUUGUGUUUUCCUGUAACAAGAAUGCCAACUUUGGCGCAUCAGAUUACUCAGGAGCUGUAGGAGAUAGUUGCUUACAAUGUUGCCAUACAGAGUAUCAAAGCACAUAUGACCAUAGGACAAAAUCACUAGCAGGUAUAUUCCACGAUCACACAUACAAUCAGGAUUUCCAACAGCUGACAUUCUCAAUGUCAGAGGAUUAUUUCAGAUGGCCAGAAGAAUCCAAAAGAACUGAAAAUGAAAAAGAUAUAACUCUAAAUGAUGAAGCUCUAAGAAUUCCAUUCUCUGUUAAUGAUAUAGUGACCUUGCCUGUAGAGUCUUUUAAUAGCAUGUUAUCAAAUUACUAUCUAACAGAUAAUCAACUGUCACUCAUUCGUGACAUAAGACGAAGAGGAAAAAAUAAAGUCGCUGCUCAAAACUGCCGUAAACGUAAACUAGAUGCAAUUAUGAACCUUAAAGAUGAAGUGCAUCAUCUUCAGAUGCAAAUGGAGAAGCUUGAGAAACAGAAGGCACAAUACAAAAGGUCAAUUAGCAAUAUAAAACAAAAAUUAAAUGAUCUUUGCUGGAACCUUUUCAGUAAAUUGAGAGAUAACCAAGGAACAAUUAAUACAAGCCAAUGUGCCCUUCAGUGUUGUGGAAAUGGUACUAUAUUAAUUUUACCUGAAAAAGAAGCCAACCAGAGCCCCCAAACUGAAAUAAUGAUAGACAAAAAUUUUAAAUGUUUUAAUAAUGGUGUUUAAGGAUUGCAUUUGCAAGCCAGUAUAAGCAUGAAUUGUAUCCCUUGCCUAAUUGUUUUACUGUUUUAAAGAAUUUCAACCCAAACAACUUUAACAUGGACUGAACUCAUUUUGUAUUUAUUCUGCAGAAUUUAUUCAGCUUACGCAUGUAUGCUUAUGAUAAUAUGCUAACUACAUGUCCACAGAAAAUCCUAUCACCUGCAAUUUCAUUAGUUACAAAUAAUGGAAUUUUUAAAAGUAGCACAAAACCAUUACUGCUUUUCAUGUAUAUUGGGACUAUGGAUGUUCCCAAGAGUAAUCCAUACAGGCCUUCACUAGCUAUUGGCAGCUGGGGCUUAAGUAUAGGGACUAGCCC